CAGAACAAGAGGUUGUAGAGCGGUCUCACUCUGACAGCAUGUGUACUGGAAAAUGCUCCCGUUGCAUUGCAUUUACUCUGUAUCCGUUAGCCUUCACAUCCAUCAUCUGUAACAUAGUGUUGUUCUUUCCUGGCUGGGAUGUUAAGUAUGCUAAAGAUGGACUCAUUACUGAGGAGGUGAAGUACAUGGGAGGACUCAUCGGAGGGGGUUUAAUGGUGUUGAUCCCGGCACUUUUCAUCAACUUGACUGGGGACCGGGAGUGCUGUGGAAAUCGCUGUGGGAUGUUCCUAUCAAUUGCGUUUGCUGCAGUGGGCGUAGCUGGUGCCCUGUACAGUUUCAUGGUGGCAGUGCUCGGUUUGGAUAAUGGGCCCCUCUGCAAAGAUGGUGGGAGAUGGACCACACCUUUUAAAAACAGUAAUUUCUCCUACGUGACUGACCAUAAGUUGUGGGAAGAAUGCACGGAGCCAAAGAACGUGGUGCCGUUCAACACUGGAUUAUUCGUUACUCUGUUGGCAAUCAGUUGUCUGCAGGUGUUGCUCUGUGCCAGUCAGAUGAUCAACGGCCUCUUUGGCUGCUUGUUUGGAGUCUUCAGCAACAAGGAGCCUCUGUUUGUCUACGCUAUCGGCUUAGGUUGUAGAUCAGUCCACUCUGACAACAUGUGUACUGGAAAAUGCUCCCGUUGCAUUGCAGUUACUCUAUACCCGUUAGCUCUCAUAUCCAUCAUCUGUAACAUAGUGUUGUUCUUUCCUGGUGGGGACAUCAAGUAUGCCAAAGAUGGACACAUUACCGAGGAGGUGAAGUAUAUGGGGGGACUCGUUGGAGGGGGUAUAAUGGUGUUGAUCCCAGCACUUUACAUCAACUUGACUGGAAAACAGGGAUGCUGUGGGAAUCGCUGUGGGAUGUUCUUAUCAAUUGCGUUCGCUGCAGUGGGUGUAGCUGGCGCCCUGUACAGUUUCAUUGUGGCAGUGCUCGGGUUGAAGAAUGGGCCCCUCUGCAAAGAUGUUCUGAUCUGGAGAACACCUUUUAAAGACAGUGACCCAAGUUACCUGACUGAUGACACAUGGUGGGGGAGAUGCAUAGAGCCCAAGGAUAUUGUGCAGUUUAACAUCGGAUUGUUUGCAACUCUGCUGGCCACAAGCUGUCUGCAGCUGAUCCUCUGUGCCAUCCAGAUGAUCAACGGGCUCUUCGGCUGCCUGUGCGGAACCUGCAACAGCAAAGGGCCGCUGUGAGUUUCUGACAGGCAACUGGCACCCCCUGCUGGAAGAAUGAGAGUAACGCUCCUGCUCCACCUGCAUAAUAUAUUCACUUUGAAACUGUAGAUUUUUAUACUUUUGUGCGCAUUUAAUGAUGCUUAAUGCUGUAUGAUAAUGAAACAAAAAUCAUGUGAUGUAAACACAGUACAGUAUUAUAUAUAAUUCAUGCUAAAUAAAUGGUUAAUCUGAAAUAAAUAAGUAAAGAUACAAGCUGCUCGUCUACUUC